AUGCAUAAAGCUCUACUUGUUUCGGAAGUUCUCGUGGAGAUAUUCUCCCAUUUGACCGAAUCGAUGACAUUCGAUUCAUCAAUCAUCAGGGUGUCCCGGAAAUCCCUUGCAGCGCUUGCAAGGACAUGCAAAACCUUGCACGAACCCGCGAUGGAUUUGCUUUGGGCCGAGUUGGAUGGGAUAGAUCCACUGCUAGGUUGU